UGAGCACUUGUACAAAUAUUUCCUCAGAUGUAUCGUUUAGUACAAUUUUGGUAUAAAAACUGAGACAUGAUGGUUAAUCGAUAUCUUCAGGUCGAGUUGUGACAGGACAUCACAAUCAUGAGUGACGCCGCAGCGACCACUUUAUCUACCAUAUCAGCAGUGCAGUCAGCACUGACUGUAUUAUCUGCUUUGCAGUUAACAGCUUUCCGCUACCCAUCUGAUUGUUCCCUGACCAAUGCUUCUUCUUAUGACUAUAUUGUUGUUGGUGGUGGCAGCGCUGGAUCAGCACUCGCCUAUCGUCUCUCAGCUAGUACCAGCCACAAAGUCCUCUUAAUCGAAGAAGGGUCGUACCCACCUUUUGAGACUGAAAUUCCGCUACUAUUCACACCGAUACCAAAAACCUCUGUUGACUACGAUACAUCCUCUGUAAAUGAUGGGUACACUGCCCAGAAUCUGCAAGACCAAAUUAUUAGUCUAACUCAAGGGAAAAUGCUCGGUGGCGGCAGUAGCCUCAACCAUAUGAUACACGUACAAGGAGAUCCUCAUGAUUACAAUCAGUGGGCUUCCAUUCUAGGAGACGAUUCCUGGAACUAUGAAAAUGUUCUGCAAUACUUCAAGAAAUUAGAAAAUUUGACUGACGUAGAUUUGCUUGCAACAGCCUACGCUGAUCUCCAUGGUACUGAUGGUAUGAUAAAAAUUGCAAGAGAACCAUCAGCUACAUCUGCUAAAUACUUAAAAGCUUUUGCAGAGCUUGGAGUCCCAACUGUUGACGAUACGACAUCUCGUACUUCAUCAAUUGGUGCCACCGAUCCCUUGUACGCUAUUGGUGACAAUUUAAGACAGAGUAACGCCCUUGCUUACUUGGCUCGUGCUAAGUCUUUUGACAAUCUAUGUGUUGCCCUAUCUACCAAAGUACAAAAGAUUUUGUUCGAUGGUACCACUGCUACUGGUGUUCAAGUUAAUACAUCUAAAGGAGAAUCUCUCGUAUUGUAUGCAAAGAAAGAAGUGAUUGUAUCUGCUGGUGCGAUACACUCUCCUCAGUUGUUGAUGUUAUCCGGUAUUGGACCUAAAUCGCAUCUGGAAUCCUUUGGCAUUCCAGUAGUAGCUGAUUUACCUGUAGGUCAGAACCUAAUGGACCAUCCAUCAGCCGUACUCUUGAUCCAAAUGGAAGCUAGCACUGAUCCUACUCCAGCAGCCAACCCAUACAUAUUCCCAGUACCCACAACUACUUUCUAUGCUGCUGUUGAUUCGUCUCAGACUUAUCCAGAUUAUCAGACUAUUAAUCUUGUUUUCCCUCACGACUCCGGCGCCAUGAUGCAACUUUGCACUAACGUUUUUAAAUACUCCAACGAUAUAUGCAACAAAUUUUACGAAGCUAAUGUGGGUAGAUCUGUCCUAUUCGUAGUGCAUAACUUGAUGAUGCCAAACUCACGUGGUAAUGUAAGUCUUGCUAGUGCUGAUAUUUCUGUGGAGCCAUUAGUAUACACUGGUACAUACAGCGACUGUAGUGAUUUGGACUUGAUGGUCGAAUGCUUGGAAGACUUUGCAGGAGUACUAAAUACAACAUACUUUAGAAGUGUUGAUGCGACGCUUGUUGAUACUGGACUUUGCACUGGCAAAACGGGUACGGAGUUCUGGAAAUGUUACGCCUUGGGAAUGUCAGCUACUAUGUGGCAUUAUGCUGGUACCUGUGCCAUGGGAUCCGUUGUAGACACCACACUCAAAGUGAAGGGCAUUAAUGGCUUGCGAGUAGUAGAUGCUAGUGUUAUGCCUACUGAAGUCAGUGGUAAUAUCAAUGCUGCAGUCACAAUGAUUGCUGAGAAAGCUGCCGCUCAUAUUCUCGCUGAUAAUUAGGUCACAAGAGUUUCCAUACUUCAGGUACUAAGUGUCAUAUUCAUAGUCAUAUUUAGUUUGGAUUUGUUACUAUUCAUUUCAUAAUAAGAGUAAUGACUAUUAUUGUGAUAUUUUCUACCUAAUAACUGAAGUUAUCUAUUACUUUUGUAAGCAAUAAACGACUAUAUCUGAUAA